GCGCCCCAAGAAAGCCAUGGUUCUUCGACCAUCUCCAUCACAAGUAUGCCGCUUUUGCAGACUCAGAGCAGAGAGGAUAAUAUUUCGGUUACCUUUGCAACGUACUGAGUCCACAAAGACGCAGCAGGCCCUGCAUCCUGCGAUUCCAAGGACACCUUCGUGGUCACCGCGAGAAUUUCUGAAAUCAUCUACUAUUAACAAACCGCCAAUAUUUACCAAAACCGAAGUUGCUCACUUGGCCCGCUUGGCGGGUUUGAAUAUUAAGCCUGACGACCUGGAAAAGUACACACACGACAUCAAUGACCUCUGUGCUAUGGUCGAUCCUAUUCGUAGUGUUGAUACCCAGGGCGUGGAACCACUUGUUUCGCUCGUCAGAGAUUACAACGCGACAAGGACUCAAUGGCGUGAAGAUGUGAUACAGAAGGAAACGGACGAACCAUCUGGGCGGGCCCUAUUGAAGAGCGCUCGAAAGACAGACGGUCCAUAUUAUGUUGUAGAUACUUGAAAUGUAAAAAUAUAUUUUAUUAAAAGGAGA